AUGACUAACCCAACUGAUUUAUCACAAUUGUAUAUUUUAUUGUCUUACGAAAAGCUACAACGUUCAACAAUAAGUCAACGUCAGCGUCCUAUCGAAGCUUCGUUGAGAAAUCGUUUACUAGUAUGGCGUUUUUUGAAAAAAAUUGAAAAUGAACCAGUAUCAACUGUAAUAAAUUCUGAACAGCAAUUAUUAGCAAAUGAUGAUUCAAAUAACAGUUCAUGGUUACUUGAUUUAAAUGAAAAUUGUGAUGCUAAUGAAAUAGAUAUGGAUAUUGAUUCUGAUAUAGUAACCGUUGUAAGUAAUAAUGAAGAAAAUGAUGCAACGUGUGACACAAUGGAUAUUGAACAAGAUACCGAUGUAACAUUACUAUUGAAACGUGCAAUUGGCGCUGAGCGACGACAAAAAAUUUCAACAGAAAAUUUAAUUUUAAAUGAAAAUGCGAAUCAUAAUAAUACUAGCCAUAGCCAUCUAUCAGAAACGACAACACUUGAAGAAACUGAACAAUUUUUUCAUGAUUUAUGUGCAGAAUUAACGAACACAACAGCAGCUCUUGUAUCAUCAUCUUCAUCAAAUUCCUUGAGAUGUCCAACGCCACCUGAACAAGCACUUAUUCACUAA